AUGACUGCUCCUCGAACCACAUCCCAAGACAUACGGCUUGGCUCAGCAGCACAGGAUGCAGCCCUCAGAGGAGCUUCGUUAGCUUUUGGGAAACCGCCUGUCAAACCGAAGCCCAAGAUUAAUACCUACAGCGGGAAAAAUGGCGCCCUCGCUGCGGCAAACUCAGUCGAAGGGGGCGCACGCCAGAGUCAGGGCCAAAACCAGAAUUCCCGGAACGUAAGGGCCUCAGGUCUGGAAGACCCCAGAGGGCCCGGAGGUGACCAAAGGCUAGCAUACCAGAAUACUGGAUCAAGUAUUGGCAGUAGGACGAAUGUGGGAGGGCUGGAUCGCAACGUCACUCCGCAACGGCCAGCAGGGGGAAGGGGGUAUCUUCAGCCUCCAGGAGCUCUGUCCGACCAGUCGAGAUCUGCCUCCUUCAUAGCUGCCACAAUCGCAGCCUCGCGCUCAGCAUCCACAAGCCCGAAUACAACGGGCCAGCAAGAGAUUUAUGCUGCGAAAAUGCGUAGACCCCAGGGUUCACGGUCGCCGUCUAUCAGAAGUAUGAACUCCUCGCGGAGUUCUGAAUAUGCCUUGGAUACGACUCCCAUACCGCCGACUACUUCCUUGAUUGGGAUGUUUGAGAAGAAUGAGGCAUCUACCCGCUCUGUUAAGCGGUUUCCUGCCGAAAGAGCAGCUAAAGCAACUCCGACGAAAGUCGUCAGACCAGCUGAAUCCGAGUCUCAUCUGUCCAGGCCAGCUCGAACACCUUCGCCUCUAGCAAAUUUAGAACGAAGCCCUCCAGUUAAAGAAAACAAGCCAACAUUGGGACCCAAAAGCGCUUCCGAGAAAUCCGAAGUUCGGAAACCUCCUACAGGACAAAAACCCCCCCUUCCUCCUACGAAGCCUAUCCCCGUCCCAAAGAAAACAAGACCCCCUGUACUCGAGCUUGAUCCCGAUAAUGACGCCUCUUCGGACGACUCCUUCGUCUCCGCAUCAGACUACCAAACCGAAAGCACUUCUCCGUACCAGCUUUCUUUCCGCGCCGAACUCGCUGCCAGAAAGUCUCGUCCCCAACACUCCAACAUCUCAGCCACCUCCUCUGUAACAGCCGUUGACUCCCUCGCCAACGCCAUUGUAGCCUCUUCCCUCGCUUCCUCACGCGCCGCAUCCCCCGCCAAAUCUCUAAACUCGUCAUCUAACACCUUAUACCCGGCUCCCCCUCCCCCGCGACGAAACGGAAGAACACACCUCUUCUACCAUUCGAAGGACGACCCAACGCGGACACCCAGCCCCGCGAAGCCACAGGGGCCGGUACUCAAAACCACACUACGGAAGAAGAAAAGCAAAGCGGAAAUUGACGAGCGGGAGAAGCGACAAGGGAAGAAGAGCUUCGUGAAGAAACACCCAAACAAGCACAACGAAGGCGACCGAAAACGUUGGCGCGACGCCAUCACCGAGCGCGAGCGCAAACGCUACGAAGCCGUAUGGGCCUCGAAUAAGGGGCUCUUCGCCAACGGGGAGCCCGGGAGCGAAGGCCGCGUCGUGAACGUCGUGGUGCGGGACUUGUGGAGCCGGAGCCGGCUGCACGCCGACGUGUUGGAGGAGGUUUGGGAGCUGGUCGAUCGCGGGAAGAGCGGCGGCCUGGAGAAGGAGGAGUUCGUGGUGGGCCUGUGGCUGGUGGAUCAGAGGCUGAAGGGGCGGAAGCUGCCGAUUAGGGUCAGCGAGAGCGUAUGGAAGAGUGUUGGGGUGCUGAGUGGGAUCAAGGUUAGGAAGGCCUACAAAUGA